UUAAGGAGUAAAUACCUCUCUGUUUUACAGUUACGACUUCAGCAGAGAAGAGCCCAGGAGCAGCUGGCUAACCAAGGCAUAAUACCACCACUGAAAAGUCCAACUGAAUUCCAUGAGCAAAGGAAAAAUUUGGAUAGUGACAAGAUUGAAGAUCAUCGGAAGCACAAGGUCAGACAGCGACCCGAGCGUGCCGACGUGGUUAAUAUGCACAUACUCCAAGCUUCUACUGGAGAAAGGUCCAUCCCAAGCACUCAGAUGAAGCUGAAGAGAGCACGGCUUGCGGAUGAUCUUAAUGAAAAGAUUGCUCUCCGGCCAGGGCCCCUGGAGCUGGUGGAGAAGAAUAUACUCCCGGUUGACUCUGCUGUGAAGGAGGCCAUUAAAGGUAACCAGGUGAACUUCUCCAAGCCUGCCGAUGCAUUUGCAUUUGAGGAGGACAGCAGCAGUGAUGGCCUUUCUCCAGAUCAGACACGGACUGAAGACACCCAGGGUCCUGUGGGAUCUCCUGUAGACACCAAAACUGUGGAGACCCCCGGGGCAGGCCCUCUGGGGGUGGCUCAGGAUCUUACUUCUGGCUCAGAAAAUGACAGGAGUGACUCAGCAUCACAACCAGGCAGCCAAUCAGACACCAGGAAGCAGGGCCUUGGUCCCCUCAGUGCCCCAAUGUCUGUGCAUGCUGCUGUCAAGUCUAAGUCCUUGAGUGACAGUAAGAAUCGCCACAAAAAGCCCAAGGAUCCCAAGCCCAAAGUGAAGAAGCUCAAGUACCACCAGUACAUCCCCCCGGACCAGAAGGCAGAGAAGUCGCCGCCCCCCAUGGACUCAGCCUAUGCCCGCCUGCUCCAGCAGCAGCAGCUCUUCCUGCAGCUGCAGAUCCUCAGCCAACAGCAGCAUCGCUUCAGCUACCCGGGCCUCCACCAGGCCCAGCUCAAGGAAACCAAUGAACAGAUGGCCAGAAAUUCAAGCACGCCUUCAACGCCGCUGAGCAACACGCCUUUGUCUCCUGUCAAAAAUAGCUUUGCUGGGCAAACUGGCAUCUCUUCUGUCAAGCCAGGCCCCCUGCCAUCAAAUCUGGAUGACUUGAAGGUCUCAGAACUAAGACAGCAGCUUCGCAUCCGAGGUUUGCCGGUGUCCGGCACCAAAACGGCCCUCAUGGAACGGCUACGGCCCUUCCAGGACUGUUCUGGAAGCUCAGUGCCCAACUUCGGCGACAUCACCACCGUCACCUUCCCCGUCACCCCCACCAGCACCCUGCCUCCCUACCAGUCGUCCCCGUCCACCAGCGCCCUGUCCAACGGCUUCUACCACUUCGGAAGCACCAGCUCCAGCCCCCCCAUCUCGCCGGCCUCCUCGGACCUCUCGGUGGCAGGGUCCCUGCCGGACACCUUCAACGACGCGUCCCCCGCCUUCCCCCUGCGCGCGUCCCCGGCCCACGUGUGCGCAGAGGACAGCCUGCUGGGCGGCCUGGGCGGGGGCGCGCUGCCCCCCGAGCUGGACGGGCUGGACUCGGAGAAGGACAAGAUGCUGGUGGAGAAGCAGAAGGUGAUCAAUGAGCUCACCUGGAAGCUGCAGCAGGAGCAGAGGCACGUGGAGGAGCUGCGGCUGCAGCUUCAGCAGCAUAAGAGGAGCAACUGCCCGGACAGGAAGCCGCUGCCCUUCCUGGCCGCCCCCAUCAAGCAGGAGGACGCCGUCUCCAGCUGCCCCUUUGCAGCCCAGCAGCCCGCGGGGAAAAGGCCUGGCAGCAGCCCCGAAGGCCCGGGGAGCGCGGGGGAAGCCCCACAGCGCCCCCCGCUGGGCAGCACGCACUGUGCCGCCGACGCCCCAGCUCAGACCAACUCACUGUCGUCCACGUUUCUCAGCCCGCAGUGCUCGCCCCAGCAUUCCCCACUUGGGACCCUCAAAAGCCCACAGCACAUCAGUUUGCCUCCGUCCCCCAACAACCACUACUUCCUGCCCUCGUCUUCUGGCGCUCAGGGCGAAGGGCCCGGUGUCGCCUCACCUGCGAGCAGCCAGGUGUGCUCAGCUCAGAACUCAGGAGCACAUGAUGGCCAUCCUCCAAACUUCUCCCCGCAGCCUCCCAGCCUCCACCCUCCUUUCCCUGGAGCCCAGGCAGACAGCAGUCAUGGUGCUGGGAAGACCUCCUGCCCCCAAAGUCCAGGAGUCCAGCCAAAGAUGGCUGGUUUACACGCUUCUGAUAAGACGGGACCAAAGUUUUCAGUUCCAUCCCCAACUUUUUCUACGUCCAGCUCAGCAGUUUCGGAGAUAACACAGCCUCCAUCCUAUGAGGAUGCUGUGAAGCAGCAGAUGACUCGGAGUCAGCAGAUGGACGAGCUAUUGGAUGUCCUCAUUGAAAGUGGAGAAAUGCCUGCUGAUGCUAGAGGAGAUCAUUCCUGUCUUCAGAAAGUCCCAAAGAUACCUGGGCCCUCCCGGAGCCCCAGUGCUGCCCUCCCCAAGCCUCCAGCUUCCUUUGAACAAGUUUCGACAAGUGGCCAGCUCUCUUUUGAUCACUAUGCUACAGAAAAUGAUGAGCACCUUGAAGUCUUACUGAAUUCCCAGAGCCCCUUAGGAAAGGUGAGCGAUGUCGCCCUCCUAAGACUUGGCAGUGAGGAGCCUCAGUUUGAUGGGAUCAUGGAUGGAUUCUCUGGGAAGACUGCAGAAGACCUCUUCAAUGCACAUGAGAUCCUGCCAGGCCCCCUCUCCCCUAUGCAGACUCAGUUUUCACCCUCUUCUGUGGACAGCAACGGGCUACCAUUGAGCUUCACUGAAUCUCCUUGGGAGACCAUGGAGUGGCUGGACCUGACGCCUCCCAGCUCCACGUCCGGCUUUGGCUCACUUGCCACCAGCGGCCCCAGCAUCUUUAACAUUGAUUUCUUGGAUGUCACAGAUCUCAAUUUGAAUUCCCCCAUGGACCUUCAUUUACAACAGUGGUAG